CAAGAAGCUGAACUGAUGAGAAAGAUUGUUAUCUCAGUCACUGACCGAGGGACACCACCUCUCCGAGCCACAAGCAGUGCUACAGUUUUUGUAAAUUUGCUGGAUCUAAAUGAUAAUGAUCCAACAUUUCAGAAUCAGCCAUUCAUUGCUGAGGUGCUGGAAGGCACAUCUGUUGGAGCAUCUGUAUUCCAGGUGGUAGCUAUAGAUCUUGAUGAAGGUCUGAAUGGGCAAGUAACAUAUCAGAUGCGUGUUGGAAUGCCACGUAUGGACUUUGUCAUAAAUAGUACAACUGGACUGGUUACCUCUACAGCCGUACUGGAUCGAGAAAGGAUCAGCGAGUAUUACCUGAGGGUAGUGGCCAGUGAUGCAGGAUCACCAUCCAAGAGCUCUACCAGCACUCUAACAGUUCGUGUGCUGGAUGUCAAUGAUGAGAGCCCAACUUUUUAUCCAACUCUGUACAACGUCUCACUGGCUGAGAAUGUACCGCGAGAUUACAUUGUCGCACGCCUGAACUGCACAGAUGCUGACACUGGACUCAAUGCCGAGCUGAGCUAUUUUAUAACUGGAGGGAACCAAGAUGGGAAGUUUAUGGUUGGUUAUCGUGAUGGUGUCCUGAGAACAGUUGUG